GCAGCGUUGUAAUUUCAGUGCUGAUGUUAUUCAACGCACCCUGGAUAUCCAUCAGCAUCGAUUCCAUGCGCUCCAAAAUAUUGGAAGUAUUCCCAAUCUGGUUGUGCAGAUUGGCGAUAUUUUGGCUCUCCUUGAUGUAAUCCUCAAUGGAACGGUUCUCGACCUCCAUGAAUUCCUUCUCGAUUUGGGCCGAAUAUUGGCGCAGAUCGGUUCCGGUUUGCAGAAUUUCCUGCACUUCAUCGUCUUCAAUCUGGUCGCCAGGCGGAACGCAGCUGGACAUGCUUUUUGCGCUCAUUCAAUCAGCGCUGUUCACCAAAAUCUUUAUUUUUUCUUUCGAUUUUGCAAAUAUGACCACGUAACAAAACAAAACAGGAAUUUGUUUUGUUGUUAACUGUCAAGUUACAGAGCUGCCAGCUCGAAUUUUUGUUUCAAACUUAAUUUUUAUUUGAAGAAAUUUCAGAUUAUUCAAAUAAUAUCUCUUAUUUACGGAUUAAUCUCUCCCUAUUUCUCACAAGUUUCAUGUUACUUUUGUCAGUAAUGUUGAUUAUGACCAUUUUUGCCAAUAACGUUGAUUAUGACCAUUAUGACGAUUAUGACCGAGCAGAAAACGCAAAAAACUCAUAUUUGCUAUUCUCCGCAUGUCUGGCAUUUCUAGCAACUUUAUUCAGUGGUUCAGUCACCUUAUCAGCACUGGCUAAACGGCUUUAACCGCUCAGUUAUAUUAUUAGAUUUCAGUGUUUUGUAAAAUAAAUUGUUUAUUGUUUAAUUGCGUGUAACUAGCAUCGUUAAUAUGUCCUGCUCAGCAGAAGAAAUUGCAGAAAAACGAAGAAUCGCUAUCGAAAGACUAAACGCUCGGAAGAAUGCAGCUGCAAACGGUUGCAAACCGAAUCCCGCCCAAAAUCCUGCAGAAUCCAACAAGCGUACCUUCACACUCCCGCCAAAGCAGUUGCAAGUUGUCGCGGCACACAGCAGUAGUGCUUUCUAUGGUAAAAGUAAUACGAAUAGUUCCUACGAAUCGAAAGUCAAAGAACAGCCAUUCUCCAGUGGAAAACUUAGAACAUCUUUCAAUGACGCACGCCUUCAAUCACAACCCUAUUCACGUCCUAAUGGUCAAAACGCGAAAUAUAACGGAACCCCCGGAAAGGUGGCCCCAGUAUUCAUUCGAACCGUCACUUGCACAUGCGCAUUAGUUGCUGAAACACGGUUUGUUGUGCAAACAUCCGCGUUCAACGAACAGCUUAUUGAUGUGUUUAAAAGUAUACCUUCAAAGCAAUACGAUGCCACGUCGAAAUCCUGGACGUUCGCUAUCCAGGAUUACUCACUAGUACAAGAAAGAGUAACCGCACUGAAUCCACACGUUACCAUAGGUCCUUUACCGGGGUUCAUCCUUCGUCUGUUUGGUAAAGGCCCCCAUUCCAAACCAAACCGUAACUGUUUGAAUGCGGUUGAUCCAGCGCUUGUUAAAAGUUUGUUGGAAUUUCAAAAGGAAGGCGUUUGUUUUGCUAUCGAUAAAGGAGGUCGAGCUCUGAUAGCGGAUGAAAUGGGUUUGGGCAAGACUUACCAAGCGAUUGCUGUGGCAGAUUUCUACAAAGAAAAUUGGCCACUAUUAGUUUGCACAACAGCAAGUACCAGAGAUGUGUGGGCUGCUAAAAUAAGGGAACUUUUGCAUUAUGUUCCGGUGCAUAACAUCGUGACCCUACAGUCCGGUCAAGACUACAUUGGCGAUGCCAACAUUUUAAUUUCUAGUUACUCACUAAUGGAAAAAUGUGCUGACAAACUACUGGAGCGGGGCUUCGGGUUUAUUAUAAUGGAUGAGUCACAUACGCUUAAGAAUUUUAAGGCAAAAUGCACAUCGGUGGCGCAGGAGCUGGCACGGAAGGCGAAACGGGUUAUACUUUUGUCUGGAACCCCAGCGCUAUCACGGCCGGUUGAGUUAUUCACUCAGCUGCAUAUGCUGGAUAGAAACUUUUUCCAGUUCAAGGAGUACAGUACGAGGUACUGCGCUGGAAAGCAGACAAAUUUUGGAUGGGAUGCUAGCGGGCAGUCUAACUUGGCUGAGCUUAACAUAUUGCUGGCGGCGAAGUUCAUGAUACGACGUACCAAACAGGAAGUGAUGAACCAGCUGACUGAGAAAAAUCGAGAAACUGUGAUACUAGAUCCUGCCCUGUUAGGUAAGGAUGAAGAGACUGAGGGGAAUCUUAACAGUUACGCUGCAGAUUACUCUAUGAGCAAAGGGCGCGAGAGGGAAGAAAUUCUGUUUAAAUAUUACAACGUUACAUCAGAUGUGAAAGCACCGGCGGUUUGUGCUUAUCUUAAGAAACUCCUAAAGGAGAAGCAAAAGUUCAUUAUCUUUGCCCAUCACAUCUCCAUGUUGGACGCAAUCUGUAAGCAACUUAACAAACAGAAGAUUGACCACAUUCGGAUAGACGGUACGACUAGGUCCGAUUUAAGAUCGCAACUGGUUAAAAAAUUUCAAACCAAAGAUUCUUGCAGAGCGGCUGUGUUAUCACUGAAGGCCUGUAACGCCGGAAUAACGCUUACAGCAGCUCAAAUGGUUAUAUUUGCCGAACUGGACUGGAAUCCAAGUACAUUGGCUCAGGCGGAAAGUCGAGCGCACCGAAUCGGACAGCAGAGCGACGUAACUGUACGGUACCUACUAGCCAAGGGAACUGCCGAUGACAUCAUAUGGACGAUGUUGCAGAAAAAACAGGACAUUCUUACCAAAGCGGGGUUAUGUAACGAGGAUUUUUCGGACUCGACUCAUGUGGACGCACCUUGUUCGAGUGGAAAUAUUGAACCGUUCUUAGUUAAGAUUAAUAACAACAGUGAAACAACAGAAAACGCUUGCGUAAACCAAUCUACAGCCCCAGACAAACACGAUAGGAAAGAAUUCCAGGAUCUGCUGGAUGACGGAGAGGAUGAUGAUUUGGCAGGAAUGAACUUUUAAGUGAAUUGUUUUUGUUUUCGAUCAGUUUAUUGUAAAUUAAAAAAAACAGUUAAAUAA